AUGGGGGAACACAGUCCAGACGAUAAUAUCAUCUACUUUGAGGCAGAGGAAGAUGAGUUGACUCCCGAAGACAAAAUGCUCAGGUUUGUGGAUAAAAACGGACUGGUGCCUUCCUCAUCUGGAACUGUUUAUGAUAGGACAACUGUUCUUAUUGAGCAGGACCCUGGCACUUUGGAAGAUGAAGAUGAUGACGGACAGUGUGGAGAACAUUUGCCUUUUCUAGUAGGAAGUGAAGAGGGCUUUCACCUAAUAGAUCAUGAAGCAAUGUCCCAGGGUUAUGUGCAACACAUUAUCUCACCAGAUCAAAUUCAUGUAACAAUAAACCCUGGUUCCACUCCCAUGCCAAGAAACAUUGAAGGUGCAACUCUCACUCUGCAGUCUGAAUGUCCAGAAACAAAACGCAAAGAAGUAAAGCGGUACCAGUGCACCUUUGAGGGCUGUCCCCGAACCUACAGCACAGCAGGCAACCUGCGCACCCACCAGAAGACUCACCGAGGAGAGUACACCUUUGUCUGUAAUCAGGAGGGCUGUGGCAAGGCCUUCCUCACCUCCUACAGCCUCAGGAUCCAUGUGCGAGUGCACACGAAGGAGAAGCCAUUUGAGUGUGACGUGCAAGGGUGUGAGAAGGCAUUCAACACACUGUACAGGCUGAAAGCACAUCAGAGGCUUCACACAGGGAAAACAUUUAACUGUGAAUCUGAAGGCUGCAGCAAAUACUUCACCACACUAAGUGAUCUGAGGAAGCACAUUCGAACCCAUACAGGAGAAAAGCCAUUUCGGUGUGAUCAUGAUGGCUGUGGAAAAGCAUUUGCAGCAAGCCACCACCUUAAAACUCAUGUUCGUACACAUACUGGUGAAAGGCCCUUUUUCUGCCCAAGUAAUGGUUGUGAGAAAACGUUCAGCACACAAUACAGCCUCAAAAGUCACAUGAAGGGCCAUGAUAACAAAGGACAUUCAUACAGUGCACUUCAAAAUCACAAUGGAACAGAGGAUACAAAUCACUCACUUUGCCUAAGUGACUUGAGCCUUUUGUCCACAGAUUCUGAAUUGCGAGAAAAUUCCAAUACAGGCCAGGACCUCAGCACAAUUUCACCAGCAAUCAUCUUUGAAUCUAUGUUCCAGAACUCAGAUGAUGCGGCAGUUCAGGAAGAUCCUCAGCAGACAGCUGCCUUGAUUGAAAGUUUUAAUGGUGAUGCAGAGACAGUCAGUGAUGUUCCACCAUCCACAGGAAGUUCAGCGUCUUUAUCUCUUCCACUUGUACUGCAGCCUGCCAUCUCCGAGCCACCCCAACCUCUACUACCAGCCUCAGCACCAUCUGCUCCUCCACCUGCUCCCUCCCUAGGAACUGGUUCCCAGCAAGCUGCAUUUGGCAACCCCCCUGCUCUUUUACAACCUUCAGAAGUGCCUGUUCCCCACAGCACACAGUUUGCUGCUAAUCAUCAAGAAUUUCUUCCACAGCCCCAGGCACCACAGCCCAUAGUACCAGGACUUUCCAUUGUUGCUGGGGCUUCUACAUCAGCUUCAGCUGUGGCAGCACCUCCACCCCCACAAAGUACUACUGAGCCCCUGCCAGCCAUGGUCCAGACUUUGCCUCUGGGUGCCAACUCUGUCCUAACUAAUAAUCCCACUAUAACCAUCACCCCGACUCCCAACACAGCUAUCUUGCAGUCCAGCCUUGUGAUGGGAGAACAGAACUUACAGUGGAUAUUAAAUGGUGCCACCAGUUCACAACAGAACCAAGAACAAAAUCAGCAAGCACCUAAAGUUGAGAAGGUGUUUUUUACCACUGCAGUACCAGUAGCCAGUAGCACAGGGAGCUCUGUACAACAGAUUGGUCUCAGUGUUCCUGUGAUCAUCAUCAAACAAGAGGAGGCCUGUCAGUGUCAGUGUGCAUGCCGGGACUCUGCAAAGGAGCGGACUUCUAGCAGGAGAAAGGGCUGUGCUUCCCCACCCCUUCCAGAGCCCAGCCCCCAGCCUCCUGAUGGGCCCAGCCUACAGCUGCCACCACAGACUUUUUCCUCACCUCAUGCCCCCCUGUCAUCAUCCUCCACUCUACCCUCUUCCCAUGAGCAAAACAGACAAGUAGAUACUCCUUCAGACUCUCAAACAGAAACGUUAAGUGCCAUGGAUAUGUCAGAGUUUCUGUCCCUCCAGAGCCUGGAUACCCCAUCCAAUCUGAUUCCCAUUGAAGCACUACUGCAGGGGGAGGAGGAGUUGGGCCUGACCAGCACCUUCUCCAAGUGA